AUGAACUACUUUGCAUACAGCCACAUAACUGUCAUCACUCUGUUGGCUUUUGCAGCCAUAAAUGAAGUUGAAGGUGAACCGUGGGAUGUAAAAAUACUUAGAGAACGCCUUACCAUAGUAAAAAAUAUUACACUUGGAAUAAUUUCUGAUCUGGCAGGAGCAGAAGGGAGAGUACAAACCAUUAAAGAGAGGAUUUUCAGUCAGAAUCCAACAUCACAAGAUGCAAUAGAAAAACAUUUGGAUUGUCUGAAAACUGCAUAUGAAUACAAAUGGGGAGUGACAGUAUUCGACACUCUUGCAGAACGUCUCCCUGAAAACGGUGAGGCGGAUUUAAGCGAUGUAGUGAAUUGUUGCGUGGAAGAAUCGUCAGCAUAUCAGGAAAAGAUGAAGGAGUUUCCUUUGGAAAAAUGUCUCCAAAACCUACCUCCAGCGAGUCCCAAAGAUCUGGAUCAGUUGAAUUCAGAAAUCGAAGGAGUAUUCUACCACCAACACAAGUAUGGGAUUUACAACUUUUUGCAGAAACUGUACACAACCCAAUUGGAGGUGUUGACAGCAUAUUGA